AUGUCCAAGUCCUCCCUCUCCUCCGUCGUCUCCGACCUCGUACGAGCCCAGAUGGGCACCGCACUGACACAGACAGUGACGGACGAAGACCUUGACCGCCAUGUUGCCGAGCUGAUCCUGAAGGAAGCCAAGCAGAAGGCGGAGAAGUAUGGGACGGACGGUAUUCGCGCAUACCUCCAGAGCAACGAUAACGAGAGCAAUGCGCCGAAGACCAACAAGCGCUUUCUCUCGACCAUCAUCAAGAGUACAGAUGAUCACAACAAGACUAUCCUGCGCGCGCAAGCCCAAGCGGCACAGGAAAUCAGGCUAGAGCGGGAGGAACAGGAGAGGCGCGAGCGGAGAGCCCGUGCUGAGGAGGCUGUCGCUGCGGAGCGCCUGCGGCGGCUUAUGGGGCAGAGCGGUCGUACAGAAUGGGCGAGCAAUUGGGACCGUGGUGGAUCGAGGGGCCUCAAGCGGCGGGAGAGGAGCUGGGAGAGGCAGGAUGCAUGUGACGACGAAGUUCACGAGCGGGAGCACAAGCGCGAACGCAGGUCGGACAGACACGAGCGCGAGCACCGCCACCGCCGUCGGUCACGGUCUGGGGAACGGGAACGUCGGAGUCGCAGGGAAGAGGGACGCAGGUCGAGACGAUCACGCAGCCGGGAGGGGUACGAGAACGACGACGAAGACGACUACGAGAGGCGGAAGCGGAGGAGACGUCACAAGGAACGCAGUCGUUCGAGGUCCACUGCCCGCUCCGAAGAAGACCCCGACGACAGAGAUCAUGACAGGCACAGGAGGCGGAAUAGAGACAGAGAUACAUUUCGUCGAAGCCGUCGCCCGAGCCCUUCCAGCAGGGCACGCUCUCACUCCGCUGAUGUCGAGCAGCCGUCGCGCUCACGGCGGCGUUCUACAUCUGAUGAAAGCCCUCGACGCCGGUCGCAGCAAGGUCAUGGCGACGAAGAAGAGCCCGAGGACACUCUGACCCGAGAGGAGAAGCUCCGACUUGAGCUGAAGCGGAAGGGCAAGACAAAGGCGGCAGAUGACGCCUACGUCGCUGCGACUCAUACGAAUUCUCCGUCGCGCAGGCCCCGAGACGACGAACGUCGGAUUAAAUCUGGGACACCUGACGAAGAGGGUAUGAAGCAUGGCUCAACCUCUUCACGUACUAUGCGCUCGUCAACUAGUCCAGCUCGGUCAUCCAUCGGCCCACCGUCUCCCCCCACCUCCCCUCCACCUCUCCCACCACUACCAUCCAAGAUGGACAAGUACUUUGAUUCCUCUUAUGAUCCCCGCCUUGACGUCGCGCCACUGGCCGUGCCUACCGUGCCGAAGACUGGCCUCAUCGAUGACGCCGACUUUGCCGGCUGGGACGCGAUGCUGGAGGUCAUCCGCCAACGGCGCGAGUACAAGGCGGAGAAGAAGAUGCUGGAGCGGUGGGGCGUCGGGAAGGACAAGGACAAGAAGAAGAAUGCUGACGGCGCGGGUGCGUCGUGGUCGGAGGGCGGGACUAGCGUCAUGGACAUCCAGUACAAGAAGAAGGGGGCUGUCCGGGAGUGGGACCUGGGCAAGGAGGGAUUCUGA